CGUUUCGUAAACGGUGUUUUCAAGGUGCAGGUGUGAGCGUCUCUCCUCGUAAAUCGCGUCGCAACUCUCACGGCGGAGGGAUCGUUUUCACUCCUCUGCUCGCGGGCACCUUCGAAACCGAACGUUACGUUUCUUUUUUUCCAUAAUCGAGACGACACGGUAGAAAAGUGCCUAAUAUAUAUAUAUAUAAAAAAAAAUAUAAAACAAGAAAGAAAGAAAAAAAAACACACACAUAUAUAUAUAUAUACAUAUAUAUAUAUAUAUAUAUAAUACGAUAUCGAAGAAUUAGAAAAGGGGAAAGAGAGAAGAAUAAAAUAAAUAAAUAAAUAAAUAAUAAAAAGUGUGAGAAGAAAAGUGUGGUGUUCAGAUUUUCGUGCUUUCCAUCUAUUAUCGAGAAAGAAAGAAAGAGAGAGAGAGAGAGAGAGAGAGCGAAAGAAGAAGAAGAAGAAGAAGAAGAAGAAGAAGAAGAAGAAGAUAGAAAGAGAGAUCCCAUAAUCGUUUACCGAGAAACUCUCACCCCCCUUUUUUUCUUUCUCCAACGACUAAAAGAAAGAAAUAAAGAAAAAAGAGAGAGGGAGUGAGUGAGAGAGAGAGAGAGAGAGAGAGAGAGAGAGAGAAGAGAGAACGAGCAAGAGAGAGAAAGAGAGAGGAAGAGAUAGAUAGAUAAAUCGUGCGAAGAAGAUUCGAGGUAAAACUUCCUCCUGGGAAUGUUGAAGGACUCGCUUGUCGUUCGAGCAUCCUGCCAAGAGGUGGGGUUCCGGAUAUUUAAAACGUGCGAACAACGAUCGCCUCUAUGAAAUCUUUAACCAGUAUGCCACGCAGGAGAAGAAUGGCGAGAGGUUUAUGACCUCAUCCGAUUUUGUACGCAGUUAUCUUGGUCUUUACACGGAUGUUGACUAUAAUCCUGACUCCGUCAAUUUGCUCGCUGGAAUCGUCGAUACUAGCAAAGAUGGACUCAUAUCCUUCACCGAGUUUCAAGCAUUUGAAGGCCUACUUUGCGUCCCGGAUGCGCUAUAUAAAACAGCAUUUCAAUUGUUUGAUACUAAUGGAAAUGGAAUGGUUGCAUUUGACGAGUUCGCUGAGGUGAUGCGUAAGACAGUGUUACAUCAAAAGAUGCCAUUUAAUAUGGAUAGCAGUUUCAUUAAACUUUAUUUCGGAAAAGAUAAGAGCAGGCUCAUUAGUUAUGCAGAAUUCAGUCAAUUCCUACACGACUUUCACGAGGAAUAUGCCACGGAAGCAUUCAAAAAAUUCGAUAAAGAUGGCACGGGUUUCAUUACGGCAGUAGAUUUUCAAGAUAUCAUGCUCAGUAUUAAAAGCCAUUUACUGACAAAAGACGUGAAGGAUAACUUGAUAGCUGCAAUCAGUACGGGACAAAGUGGACGAAAAGUAAGCUUCCCAUAUUUUAUGGCGUUCAAUUCGCUUCUCAAUAACAUGGAACUUAUAAAACGUAUUUACCUGAACGCGACCAAUGGCCAUAGAUAUCAAGAAGUUAGCAAAGAGGAAUUUCUUCAUUCUGCACAAAUGAUGUCACAAAUAACUCCACUCGAGGUGGACAUCCUUUUUCACCUAUGCCAUUUACUCCAUCACACUGGAACUACGGAAGAUGACGAGGCAGAUUCGCGGUUUGGGAAAAUUGUAUACAAUGAUCUCGUGGCUAUUACCCCUGAGCAGUAUUUCAAGCAAAUAACAAAACGUCUCGCUGAGAUUAAGGCGGUGUCGAGCCCGGAGGAGCGUGGCGUUGUCGUUCAAAUUCUUGAGAGUGGAUACCGAUUUGUACUCGGAUCUAUCGGCGGAGCUGUUGGUGCUACCGUGGUGUAUCCCAUCGACCUAGUGAAAACACGAUUGCAGAAUCAAAGGACUGGAUCUUUCAUUGGGGAACUGAUGUACCGAAACAGCUUCGAUUGUUUGCGAAAGGUCAUGCGACACGAAGGCUUUUUUGGCCUUUAUCGUGGCUUAUUACCCCAAUUAAUGGGCGUAGCGCCGGAGAAAGCGAUCAAGCUUACGGUUAAUGAUUUUGUAAGAGAUAAGUUUAUGGACAAAAAUGGAUAUUUACCGCUUUAUGGUGAAAUUAUAUCUGGUGCUUGCGCUGGAGGAUCUCAGGUCAUUUUCACGAAUCCUUUGGAGAUCGUGAAAAUUAGAUUACAGGUUGCUGGAGAAAUUGCUGGAGGUACGAAAGUUCGAGCAUGGACCGUGGUUAAAGAAUUAGGUCUAUUUGGAUUAUAUAAAGGUGCUAAAGCAUGCUUUCUACGAGACGUACCGUUUAGUGCAAUUUACUUUCCUAUGUAUGCUCAUACAAAAGCUAAAUUGGCCGAUGAAGGAGGAUACAAUACUCCCUUAUCUCUUCUAUUUUCUGGUGCAAUCGCUGGUGUACCUGCGGCAGCGCUGGUCACUCCUGCAGAUGUAAUAAAAACUAGAUUACAGGUCGUUGCUAGAGCAGGUCAAACGACGUACACCGGUUUACUCGAUUGUGCCAGAAAAGUUUAUAAAGAAGAAGGUGCCAGAGCAUUCUGGAAAGGAGCUUCAGCACGAGUAUUCAGAUCCUCUCCGCAAUUUGGUGUCACACUCUUCACGUACGAGUUGCUGCAAAGGUUGUUUGUAGUUGAUUUUGGAGGAUCUCGACCAACAGGGUCAGAACAAAGGGUGCCCGCUACAGGAUUAGUAGAUGAAAUACGAUCAACAAAUCCAGAUCACAUAGGUGGCUACCAAAUAGCUUUACCCAUCUUUACGGGUAUAGAGAGCAAGUUUGGUCUAUGUCUACCCAAGUUCCAAACAGUGACUAUUCAACAUAAACGGCAAGCCAAAGGGCAGUAACACCAUUAGCUAGAAGAUAAGCUUGUAGCAAACCCUGCCAUAAUAGCAUACAAGUAUCAUUGGCUGAUUGCUCCAUCUAAUUCCAAGAUUGCGAAGAAAAAAUGAUACAACAUUCGAUGAUAAAAUUUAUCUUGUUCUUCUUUAUCAACAGUGGUUUGAUCUUUACAUGCUAACUCUAUUCCGUGACUAUUUGUGGUCAAUAUAAAAUGGAACAUUAACUAGAUCGUCAAAUACACUAUAUAGGCUUAAAAUUAAUAAGUCUACAAAAUAUGUAGGAUCCAUAGACUAAUUAUCUAAUAACAUUGGCAGUACGUAGAAUAGCUAUAGCCUAUGCCAGAUAGCCAUGUAUCGAGCUAUAUGAUAAUGCUGAAAGUAUCUAUUUUUAUUUAUUUUAAUAUUGCCUAUAUACUUGUUAUACAUGUGUGUGUGUGUCUAUAUAUAUAUAUAUAUAUAUAUAUAUAUAUAUAUAUAUAUAUAUACAUACAAAUAUUUAGUCAAUUUUUAUUUUCAUUUUUUAUGAUAUAAAUUGUUACUUAACAAUUUUAUUUAAGAAAAUAUUUGGCACCCACGACUAUUCAGUGUUAUCAAAGAAUCUCUAAACAAUUGGAAAGGCUUUUAUUUUGUAUACGUUUGCACAAUAAGAUAAUCAAAUAUGAACACAUAAUAUAAAAAGGUAGUUUCAUAAUAUCAUAUAAUGAUCGAAAGAAAACAUAAUAAUCUUAUCUACGUAUUAUUCAAUGUCAGAACACUAACGUUAUUUCAUUUCUUGAAGUGACAUUCGUGAAUUCCAUUCAUAAAGUGUAGAUAUAUGUCGAAAAAAUGAAUUCUAUCUUUCACCGUACUUACAUAACUUGACAAUUACAACACUGAUAAUUGGAAUGAUUAAAAGUCUAUAAAAAAAAAAAUUUAUAUCUAUUUAAUAAACGAAUACAAUUUUGUAUCGUAUCAUUAAGAAAUUUUGAUCUUUUUCGUUUAUAAUGAAUAUAUAAAUAUUAUAUCUGAAAGUAGAUCGAACGAUAUUGUUUGAAAAUAGCAUUCUACUUGUAGCUCUUCUCUCUUCUAGUCGUCAUUGCCGUUUUUAACUUGACUUAUACAUGGAUAUAUAUAUAUAUAUUUUAGUCUAUGGAUCCUAUGUCUGUGAUGAUUCUAUUCGUUCAAAAAAUAUUGAACAAAAUACAGAAUUGUUUCGAUCGGAAAAUACAAAUAUAAAAUGAUGCACGAGAUUUCGAUGCUUCGUAUGAUUAAUUUGUAAGAAUAGUUUCUAUACGAAAGCUUUAUAAAAAGAAAAAAAAAAAAAGAAAACACGUUAUGUCGAACUCUUAUAAUCGUAUUUCAAUUUUUUGCACGCUUCGGACUGAUUUUUAUAGUACGAUCGCAUCAUAGGAUGGAGCGAUAAAUAUUAUUACGAACAAUAUAAAGUAACUGAAAAUAUCUGAUCCAUAAAACACGACACACAGCCAAUCUUCUUUGCAUUUCAUACGUAAAUACGUUUAAUUAAUUAUGUUAUAUAAAAAAAACAAAAAAAAAGAAAUAAAAAAAUAAGUCUACACAUCAUAAGUUCCAUCGAAUUGACACAAAACUGCAGGAUGUUAUCGAAGGAGCUGUUAAAAGAAACAAAACAAAAAAAAAGGAAAAAAAAAAUAUGAAAGAAAAGAAAGUAAAAAAAAAAAAAAAAGAAAUAAACGAUCUUUUUAUAUAUAAAUUGCGACUGAAAGUUGCGCUCGAUGUAUUUUUCUUUCAACAUUUAUUCAACCGGUUUCGUUUAAUAAUUAUCCGUUAGAUAUAUAAUUAAUAGAGAUAUUUCUGCUGGCUAAUCGUCGAAAGGCCUGAAACAUAUUUUGAUGUUCCCUCCUGUAACCAGUUCGAUAUCUUUACGGAUAAACCAAAAUAAGUGUAUAUCCAUACAUCGGAAAGAAAGAAAAAAAAAAAAAAAAAAAAAGAAA